GGUACCCACCCAUGGUACUCAAGACGAAGCGGUCAGUAGUCAUCAUGAAAUCGCGGUUGACGAACCUCGCGCUACACGAAUUCUGUGGGUUUGUUUUCGAAAAUCUUCUCGGCUGUACUGCUUGAUUUCUAUUGAGUCACAAUAAGUUUAUGGAUUAUGUCAUUUAUUUGGUGAUUUGCACAAAACAAUACAAUGACCUCAACUUCUUCAACUUUGGACGGUCUACCUAAACCAUUUGUAGCAGCAAUGAGGACACUUUUCGACAUUAUGGACGACAAACAAACUGGACUUGUUAAUUUUGCUGAUAUUGAAGCUCGUUGGCAAGAUGACGGUUCCAAAGGCCUACCCAAAGGAGUUUUAGAAAGUCUAAGAAAAGUAACUCCUUCCAAUGGUAUGUUGAGUUUUGAGCGCUUUUGCGCUGGCUUAAAAAUAUGUUUGUUGAGGAACCAAGCUGGAAGACCUGAGGAUGCCAAACAAGAAAAUAUAGGCAAUAAGGUACCAAAUCGUCCACCUUCAGCUCCACUUUUAGACUUGGUGGACCCGAAACCCCAAUACACUGCCGCAAUUCGCCCCAACAACCAACAAAACGUUAUUAGAACCUUGAGCAUGCCUCAACUCAAAGACCCCCUUGACCAAAAACCUCCUUUGUACGGUCCCCCAAAGCCUCCCAGAACUGCCAUCGGAGUCAUAGAUCGUCCCAACUUGGACAGGGCGGAAAUACGCACAGCCUUGGCCAACUGGCAAAUGGGACUAAUGACUAAUCAGGAUCAAACAAAGGACGCCAAGCGGGUGGUCAAUGGACAGUACACUGGGUUGUUGAGGACUGGCAGGAGUUUGGGCGAUGGGAAAGCUGCGGUUCAGACUGAGAAUCAAUAUCAGAAGAAGGCUAAUGCUAAAAGGCGCGAGCCUAGAAGACACACUUUGCAGAACGGGAUUGAUUAUAAUAUGUUGAAGAGGAUGAAGCAGAUUGAACAAGAAAAAGAGGUAUUGAUGACUGGAUUGAGCGCAGUGGAAAAGGCCAGAGACUGGUACCUGAAACAGGUGGCGGGGGUGCAAGAAAAAAUGAAGUAUCUGGGACGCAUGGGGCAUGUGGAAACAUGGUCAGAAUCCCAACAAGAACGUCUAGAACUUCAAAGGGCUCGCGUCUUCGAAGUAAACAGACAUUUGGCCGCCCUUACACAAAGCUGGGAACGAGGAGGUUUGCCUUUACACAUGAAUUUAGCCGUCCACCAUUAUCCACCACCUCAAGACUUGACCGACAGAUUGAAACAACAAAACAGGAUGCUAUCUGAAGAAAUGAACAAAAAGAACGACAGGAUUGCAAGUCUUGAACGUGAAAAGGCCAGUUUGAUACAAGUCUUACAAAUACGAUCUCAGCCAACUAGGAAUAGUGGUAACGAAGAAGCGGUAUUUUGAGUUGCAGGCUUGAAAUUUGAAUUUUAAAAAACGAAAUUUAUAUUUGAGAAUUUACAGUUGUAUUAUUUUUGUGCCAUUAUGUUUUUUUUUUUUUGUAUCUGUGCAAUUAUUAUAAAAGAGAAAUUUUAUUAUAAUAUAGUUUUUGGAAAAAUUUGAUUUUUCUAAUAAUCUGAAGAAUCUUAUGUCGUUCUGAUCCUAA